AUGAUGAUGACUGUUUUGAUAACUGAGGAUCCUGGCAGGUCAAUCGAUGUUUACUUACGGCCAUUGGUUGAUGAGCUCAAGGAUUUAUGGACAAACGAUGUGCGCACAUACGAUAAAGCCACUAGGAAGAUGUUCACUUUGCGGGCAGCAGUGAUGUGGACUGUAAAUGAUUUUCCCGCAUAUGCAAUGGUUUCUGGGUGGAGCACAAAUGGUUAUAUGGCAUGCCUUGUAUGCAAGGAAAAUGUAACUUCUGGUUGGCACGCAGGAAAAGUUUGUUAUCAUGGUCAUCGAAGAUGGUUGCCAUGGGACCGCGAGUGGCAGGAAAAGGAUAAAGAGUUUGACCGGAACACAGAGCAUCGCCUCAAACCUAGAGAAUGGUCCGGUGAUGAGAUCUUGGAACAGCUAAACCGUUUGGAUUUUUCUCCGUUCGGGAAAACAGUUACUCUGACUAGACCUUCUACACAUUUGAAUUGGAUGCACAAGUCUAUGUUUUUUGAGCUCCCAUAUUGGUCGAAACUAAAAUUGAGGCACAAUCUUGACGUUAUGCAUGUUGAGAAAAAUGUCUUUGACACAUUGCUGGGCACGAUUCUAGAUAUCGAUGAUAAGACAAAGGACACGAUCAAAGCUCGUCUUGAUUUGGAAAGAAUGAGCAUACGAAGAGGUUUAUGGAUGAACAGGGACGGUGAUAAAGUUAGAAGGGAUCUAGCAUUUUUUGCCAUGAAACCGAAUGACAAAAAACAUUUUCUACAGUUUGUAUCGUCAGUAAAGUUUCCCGAUGGGUAUGCUUCUAAUAUCGCGCGUUGCGUGAAUGUUGACGGGGGUAAAUUUACUAGACUGAAGAGCUAUGACUGCCAUGUGUUUAUGCAAUGCCUACUUCCUGUGGGUAUUCGACACCUUUUGCCAGAAGAUGUAGUGAAACCAAUCAUGUUGUUGUCCAAAUUUUUUUCUCAACUGAAGGCAAAAACAUUGCGAAAGACAGACAUUAAUCAGUUGUGCCAUGACAUUGUCCAAGUCCUAUGCAAGUUCGAGAUGAUAUUCCCUCCAGCUUUCUUCACAAGUAUGAUCCACGUGAUGGUUCAUUUGCCAGAAAAGGCAUUGCUCGCUAGUCCUGUAAACUAUCGCUAG